GAGAGCUGUGCCAGCCUGCGCCACUACCUCGUGUCCACCCUGGGUCCCUAUGUGGCCAACGUGACAGCAGCAGCCCAAGAGUGCAGCUAUCGGCAGUGCCACGGACACGGGCGCUGCGUGCGCCGACAGCCUCAGGACAUGGACAGCCUCCUGCACCUUG